AUUGUUUUCUAUUAUAGCUCAGUGCGUAGGAUUCGUAAUUUCACUCCCGGAAGUGAUCCGCAGUGAUUUGGUCAUGCAGUAUCUGCGCCCUCUAGUUCCUCAGACAUGCGUUCGCUUGUUGGUCUGAUUGCUGUAAUAUUGACGGCUACUCUUUACCUUUAUUUACUGUCCUUUUACACCCCCCCUGGUCCUCGGCUACCUAAGCAAGACCCUAAAUCUAUUGAUGAAGACAACCCAAGUGAAAUGGAGACUUCAGCCUCCAGGUUGAAGUCCCCAUCAGAUCUGGAUGAACUGAAAGAGAUGGCAGAGCUGUUGCAGUUUUAUAAGACACAGCACACAGGAUAUGUGCUGUUACUCUUCUGCAGUGCCUACCUCUACAAGCAGGCUUUUGCCAUACCAGGUUCCUCUUUCUUAAACAUCUUGGCUGGUGCUUUGUUUGGGUCUUGGUAUGGUCUUCUCCUCACCUGUGUCCUCACCACAGUGGGUGCCACUCUCUGUUUCCUCAUGUCCCAGGCAUUUGGCAAGCAGCACAUUGUGAGACUCUUCCCUGACAAGAUCGCCAUGCUGCAAAAGAAGGUUGAGGAAAACAGAAGUAGCUUGUUCUUUUUCCUGCUGUUCCUGAGAUUCUUUCCCAUGAGUCCAAACUGGUUCUUAAACAUGACCUCCCCGAUACUGAAUAUUCCAGUCACUCUUUUCAUCAUGGCAGUCUUCAUUGGCCUGAUGCCAUACAACUUCAUCUGCGUCCAGACGGGAUCAAUGCUGUCUCAAAUCUCCUCUCUGGAUGACUUGUUCUCCUGGAGUGUGGUGUUGAAACUACUGCUUAUUGCCUGUGUUGCUCUGCUGCCUGGGGCUCUGAUUCGUAAAUACACUCGGCAUUUCCACCUGGAUGGUCAUGAGACAAAUGGACUCGGUCAAGACGAGAAGAAGAACAGAUAAGAGACAGUGUGGGGUCAGUGAUUCGAUCCCCCUUGGCUGCUUUGUGGGUGACUACUAUUUGUAUUUAAAGUGGCUUUUAAGAGCUCUUAAAUCUUUUUUGUGGCCUCACAAAUUUUUUAAAUGACUUUACCUGGAAGGCUGCUAUGCCUUUACUGGCAUGGACUGAAAUGUAAGUGAGAAAAAAGGACUUUUUGCUGCCUUUUUGGGAAGUUCUGUAUU